AUGCUGCUUCAGAUAGGGGCAUUCAUCUUGUCCGGCCUUUGUGGCCGUGCGCCUCUUGCCGCUGCCAUCACGGUCCCUGUCGAUCCGGACGUGGCCCCACUCCCGCUCUCGACGUCCGGCGCUGUGACGUCUGCGUCGGAGCUGCUCCGGCAAAGCUGCCCCGAAGAGUUCCCGCCGCGGACGCCAUACUCGCCGGAGCUUCUCAUGUCAUCGUUUGCUGAUUUUGGCACUGCUGGCGAGGACGGGCAAAUCGAGGCGUGGGGCCAGCACCAGAGCCUUGUCCUGCGGCCUGACGAGGUAUGGUUUGAGAUUCUGGUGCAGCUCAACUUCUACAUGACUGCACAUGCCGAAGACGUUCGACACCUCUUUGUCGACAUUGACGGCAAGCAAGAGAUCCAAGUGUGGCGUCUGUCAUGGCAUGACGUGAUUGCGGCGUUUGGAGGCGAGAUCCAGAAGAGGGUCAAGACCGAUUGGCUGCUGGACUGGAUCACGCCCGGCUUCACCACGACAGAUGAGAAUGACGGCCUCACAGCCACUGUGCUGAUGAUGGGCUUGAUGCAGCAUUACUUUGAGUUCAGUGGGGGCAUCACCUGUGGCCUCCCCGAGGUGACCCUGCUGGGCACGCGAGACGAUUGGGUGAAGCUGCUCAGCAAGCUGGACAGGCUGAAGGAGUGGGGAGAGGAGCCGGCAGACUAUGCCGAGCGUCUGCGGCCAAUUCUGCAGCGCUUCGUCGACACAUGGGACCGCCCCGGCAGCGAAGAAACAAAGGACUUCUGGAACAAUAUUGUGCGGUCCCAGCGCCUCUUCUCCUGCGGCGGGCCCCCUGACUACCGCAUCUCAGGGUGGAUCACCGGCUUCCUGCACUGGACCGCCGAGGGCUCGCUUCGCAUCCCGCGCGACGUCGAAAAGGAGUGGCAGCCCUCGAGCGGCGACCUGGUGCUCGACGGCGUCGCGUAUUUCCCAGCAACGCUCAAGGACGUGCCCGUCGGCUACGCAAAGGCGCCGCUCAAGAUGCUGGACUACCCAAGUCCAGGGGCCAACUCGACGGCGUAUCUGCUGGCGGGCAACGUCGGCGUCCAGAGACUGGCGGUGUCGAGCGAUGGACCGGGGGAGGACUGGAAAGUGACGGCGCAACCGAUGAGUGCGUGGUUCCUGUACGGGCCUGUGGACGCGACGGUCAAGGCUGGGCCGGGAUAUGGCAACGGGGAUGAGCUGCUGAGGAUGGCGGCGGGGCUGGGAAUGCAUGGUGCCAUCUACAGAAACUUGAACAUUGAUAUGCCGAGUUAUCGACGAUGA